UGGUUGCGAAAAGCCCUAAGCAAUCCCUGAACACUGAGUCAGCUGAUUUUCAUAUUAGUUUUAGCAAGACCUGCUUCGUGAAUGGAAGCAUCAUUGUAUGACGAAGAAAUUAUGCCCACAACAUCGAGUUCUCAAACUGCCAUAUACGAUAAAGGCAAUCUAAAGCUGGAUUUUUCGUCGGCGAACACUCGACGACAAACUUCGCUGGACGGCGCUCUGUUGACAUCGCCAGAUUUGAAUUUGUUAACUUUAGGCUCACCAGAGCUGGAGAAGCUAAUCAUGGGUUAUGGAGGAAUUUUGACGACGCCAACACCGACACAGCUCUUCAAGGGAACACAAAAUGUGACAGAACAGCAAGAAAUGUACGCACGAGGGUUUAUGGAAGCCCUUCAAAAACUACACGACCAACAAGAACCAAGGGGACAGAACGCUGCUCUCAAUGCUCUGAAUUCGAACGCUCUUGUACAAGGUGCUCUCAAUUUGUCAUUUGCCUCAGCGGCAGCAAAUGGGAUUAAUAGCACGACGAGUUCAACUCCAUUGUUAUCAACAGGCACGUCCACGAUUUCGACACAAGCACUUCCGUUGUCGUCGUUUUCCGGCGCGACGCAAAUUUUCCCUGACUUUCAAAGACCCGCAGUAGGCCCGAUUCCAAGCACAAGCUACGGUCAGCCAUUGAACGUUCAGAUUCCACCUCAGCAACAGCGGUUGGAUAACGUUAAAUUGGAGAACGAGCCGCAAGUCGUACCCGGAACGCCGCCUCUCCCACCGAUCGAUUUGGCGCUACAGGAAACGGUCAAGAACGAGCGAAAGAAGCAGAGAAAUCGAGUCGCUGCUUCGAAAUGCCGAAAGAGAAAACUUGAAAAGGAAGCAGAUCUGGAGGAAAAAGUAGACAAACUUAAGAACAUCAACUCGAAGCUCAGCUCAGAAGUGAAUGAACUUAGGAAACAAGUUUGUCAGUUGAAGCUACAAGUUAUGGAUCAUGUCCAAGGCGGUUGUGAGAUCAUGCUUUUGAGUCAGCCACAAGUUUCUACCUCGGCGUGAGUUAUAAACUGUAAAGUUAGAGGGCGAGAGGCCUUCAACGAAAAUAGCUUGUAUCUUCCUGUUAACUGAGGCGAAAGUUUGAUCGUGACAGUAGAGAACAUCCGAAAGUUGCUAGUCAGUGAUCAUGAUGAGACGUUCUACAAGCGGAACUUCGUGCUUCGAAAGCACGUGCAAGCUCGCAUAAGACUCACUGCAUUUAAAGUUUAUUGCUCUAGUUUCGAAAGCUGGAUUUUCGAUCUAGCUAUAGUAGUAAACUCCUUAGAUCAUUGUACUGUACACGACCAUAGAAUAGUAAAUUGAAGUUGUAAGAAAUUAUUAGUUAUUUGGUAUAUUAUAUUGUUCAAGUCUAGACCAUGUGUGUCAUGCGAAGUUUGGACUUAAAAUAUCAGACUGAGGUAUGUUGCGUUUUACAAGUGUUCAACUGUGUUCCAAUCAAUUUUUCAUACGUUUAUACAAAGCAUAUCAAAGGCCUAAAGUUUAUUGAAGCCCUAUAAGUCGAUCACAAUUUAUUUAUUACACAUUCAGGAUAUAAAUUGAAUGAGAGAUUCAUAUGUUAGUGCUUUAUAGAAUACAGAAAGGAAGAAUUAUACCGCGUAACUUUUGGCCUAUCGAAAUUAUAGUGGCAGAGAUGAGAUCCGAACUCUAACUUAUGUUUAUCGGGUAAGCAUUCACUAAUAUAAUAUUGACAAUCUUCCGAGUAGGAAUAGAGACUAUUUACAAGAUGAGAUCUUGAGUCAAAAAGUAGUUUUAUCAGGCUAACUAAGAUCAUGUUAAAUGUUGUAAGACAUGAAAUUACUGUUCUCAUAAACUUCAAGUUGCCAUGUGUGUUGAAUGUAGUUAAGAAGCAAUUUGAAAAAGUUAUAAUAUAAUACAUUUUACACAGUCAAAAAGCA